AUGACACGGAAGUCUUCUAAGCGACAGCCCACUCGGUCAGAGGCAGGUUGCUUUUCGAGAACGGGCCUUCAAGAAAAAAUUGCAGUAAACCGUGAUGCCCCUUCGGAAGAGGAUAUUGACGACGAUGAGGGUGCGCCGUUUCAGGAAGAAGAAAGUGCAGCUACAACACGACAAUUCAAGGACAUACAACAACCAGUGCGCACUAAAAUGGCAGCAACCAGUGUCAACGGUGUAAAGAUUAUAUCGGGCAAACAAGAGGCCAAAGCGCGCGAGUUUACUGGUGGAAACCACACAUCCGACUACGAAGUAUAG